GCGCACGUAUACCUAACAGCGCUACUGAUCAGUCCCCGGUGGAGCGUGCGCGCUCCCCCGCUAAAAGAAUAGUCGGAAAGCAGUUAUGGCAGAGGGAGGAGGUGGAGGUAGCGAAACGGGACCGGCACAGGGACACUGUACCACACGAGCACCUAUCCCCGGGCCGACACCGGAACUGUGCAAAAGUGGGGACACUGAGACCCAAAAGGCCGAGCUCGGGGAAUUACUGAAAACAGCGCUAAAGAAGGGAGAUGAGUGGUAUCUCAUUGACAGUCGAUGGUUCAAGCAGUGGAAAAAGUAUGUUGGUUUUGAUGCCUGGGACAUGUACAAUGUGGGAGAAAGCAAUCUCUACCCAGGGCCUGUUGACAAUUCAGGACUCUUUGCAGAUCAAGAUACUCAGACAUUGAAAGAGCAUCUAAUUGAUGAGCUGGAUUACAUGUUGGUGCCAACCGAGGCAUGGGAAAAAUUAAUGAACUGGUAUGGAAGUGUUGAAGGACAACAUCCAAUAGUGAGAAAGGUGGUAGAACAUGGUCUUUUUGUAAAGAACUGCAAGGUUGAAGUUUACCUCAUUGAGCUAAAACUAUGUGAUGAUAGUGACCCAGAAAAUGUGAUUGCACGUCACUUCAGCAAAGCAGACACCAUAGAUACUAUUGAAAAGGAGAUGAGAAAUAUAUUUAAUAUUUCUGCUGAGAAAGAGACAAGGUUAUGGAACAGAUACAUGACUAACACGUAUGAACAGCUCACCAAAAAAGAAAGCACUGUGCAAGAUGCAGGACUUUAUCAGGGCCAGAUGAUAGUCAUUGAGCAAAGGAAUGCAGAUGGUACAUGGCCUAGACAGUCUCAAACAAAAUCAAGCACAGCAACAAGUAGAAAUUUUGCUACCUCUGGAAAACCAUCAACAAGCAGCUAUUCUUCAUCCUCUUCCAUGACAAAUGGAGACAGCAGUACCUAUUCUCUGAACAACAGUUCAGGCUUGAACAAAGGAGGAUACACUCCAUCUUACAGUUCAUAUAGUUACAGGGAGCCAUCAUCACAGCCAGGUCUUUGUGGCCUUAGCAAUCUGGGGAACACUUGCUUUAUGAACUCUGCCCUCCAGUGUCUGAGUAACACCCCGCCCUUAACAAGGUACUUUCUCAUGGAUGAGUAUAAGAAGGAAAUUAACAGAGAAAAUCCACUGGGCAUGAAAGGGGAGAUUGCGGUGGCCUAUGCAGAGCUGAUUCGGCAAAUUUGGUCCGGUGAACAUUCUUAUAUGGCCCCUCGUAUGUUCAAGACACAGGUUGGUCGAUUCGCUCCACAGUUCUCUGGGUACCAACAGCAGGACUCUCAAGAACUCCUAGCAUUUCUCCUGGAUGGUCUCCAUGAGGAUUUAAACAGAGUCAAAAAGAAGCCAUAUCUAGAGCUGAAAGAUGCUAAUGGGCGGCCCGAUUCCAUUGUGGCAACUGAAGCUUGGGAUAAUCAUCUGCGGCGGAACUACUCCAUCAUUGUAGAUAUUUUCCAUGGCCUUUUCAAGUCUACCCUGGUGUGCCCAGAAUGUCACAAAGUCUCUGUGACUUUCGACCCAUUUUGUUAUCUCACCCUUCCUUUGCCCAUGAAGAAAGAUCGCACGAUGGAGGUGUUUCUUGUUCGUUCUGACCCUCAUUGCAAAUCAAAACAGUAUCGGUUGACUGUGCCGAAGAUGGGAGUUGUUUCAGACCUGUGUUCAGCCCUUUCUAAGCUAUCAGAAGUGCCAGAGGAAAAUAUGGUGGUUACUGAUGUCUAUAACCAUCGCUUUCACAAAAUUUUUCAAAUGGAUGAGAUGCUGAGCCACAUUAUGGAGAGAGAUGAUAUAUUUGUAUAUGAAGUGAAGUCUAGAAAAGCUGAAGAAUGGAUUACACUUCCCAUUUGCUUCCGGGAGAGACGGUAUCGGCAGGCCACAUCAACUGGCACGAACUUGUUUGGCCAGCCCCGCAUGAUUUCUGUACCAAAGCACAAUCUCACUUUAGAUGUUCUAUAUGAAAUUGUGCUGGAGAGAUUACAACGGUAUGUAAAGAGUCCUCAUCCCGAGUUAUAUACCUGCUUGAGUUCAGACAAUGGGGCAUGCAAUGGCUCAAAUGGUGUAUGUGAUGAUGAGAUGGAUCAUCAAGAGGAGGAUCAAGAUGAGCAGGAAGAAUCUCAGGAAGAGACCAAUGGACAGUCUGAUGAGAGUGUGGAAGAAGAAAACUCUGAGGGAGGCUGUAGCCCUUGUAACAAGAUGCCAAAGAAAGCCUUGGAAUGCCGCAAGAGGCUGUUCACUUUCAGUUUGGUGAAUUCAUAUGCCACUGCAGAUGUGGGAUCAAUGCCUGCCAAGGGAUACCUAAAAUUCAGCUCUUUUGCAACAGUUGCCAUUGACUGGGAUUCUGAAAGCAAGAAAUUGUUUUAUGAUGAUCAGGAAGCAGAGGCUUUUGACAAACAUGAAUCAAUGAUGCAGCCUCAGAAGAAAAAAGUAACAGUUGCCCUUCGAGAGUGCAUGCAGCUUUUUACAAAGACGGAGACGCUUGGGGAGCAUGACCCCUGGUAUUGUCCGAACUGCAAGAAACACCAGCGAGCCACCAAGAAGUUUGAUCUCUGGUCCCUGCCAAAAAUCUUGGUGGUACAUUUAAAGCGUUUCUCAUACAAUCGCUUUUGGAGGGACAAGCUGGAUGCUGUGGUUGAGUUUCCAAUCAGGGAUCUGAACAUGUCCGAAUUUGUCUGUGACCCACAAGCGGGUCCCUAUAUGUAUGAUCUUGUUGCAGUUUCAAACCACUAUGGAGGAAUGGGAGGAGGUCAUUACACCGCAUAUGCAAAGAACCAAGAAAAAGGCCAGUGGUACUAUUUUGAUGAUAGUAGCGUCUCUCAGGCUUCUGAAGAUCAGAUUGUGACGAAAGCCGCUUACGUUCUUUUCUACCAGCGCCAGGAUAACGUUGAUUGUAAAAACUCAUCACCUACAGCCUCAAUCGGCCCUCCUGCUGCGGAGGAAGAUUUGGAAGAGCGAGGAGACUGUGACUCUAUGGACACCAUGUAGUGCUUUUACCCUCCCAGUGUGUACCAGAGAUGGCGUCCAAUUCCAGCAGACACGGACACCUUUCUACGAAACCUUAAUCUGUUUUACAUCUUCCUGCUCCGACAUGUACAUACUUUGAAUGAAACGGGACAUGUGGGUCCCACACACCAGGAGAGACCAUGUCUGAUUCUACUUCAUUUCUCUGGAUUUUUAGUUUUGGAAAAGGGAAACUGAAUUUAUUAAAUGAAAACCCUCUUCUCGUUUCUCGCAGAACAAGCAAAAGCGAUGAUUCUUCCCCUGAAAACCAUCAGCUUCGAAAAAGCCAAAUUAUACAGAAAACUAUUGAAUAUAAGAGUCGCUGAUUAUA